CUUGGUGGGUGACUCAUCGUUCGCUUGCAUGUAUUUUUGGCACAGAACAAACAACAAGGCAAAGAAGCAAGAAGCAAGAAGCAAGAAGGACCGCCUGCACGACUGGUUUGCACCCAAAACCAGUGCGAGCGUGCGGUGUCGGCAGGAAUCAGCAGUCAGCAGAAUGCCUGCCUUAGCUGUCAGCAAGGGGUGACAGGCAGAAGUGCGAUCGCACCCAGUGCCGUGUUCAUUUUCACAUCGACCAAGACGAGCAACCAAGCAAAACCACGAAGGAACAAGACGGGCAAGAAGAAGAACAACAACAAGAGAACAAGACAAGCAAGAAGAAGAACAACAAGGAACAACACCACCGACAAGGAACAACCAAGACAAGACAAGAGCAAGAUGGCAGACCAGGAUCAGCAAGGGCAGCAGCCAGCCACUGCACAAGCUCCCAACAGCUCUGUCGCGGCGCGGCUGACGUUUGAGAGCACAAGCGAGUUUGUGGCUUACUCGCGUGGACAGCGGCACAAGAUCAACAGCGUGUUCCAUGUGCAGGCGCCAGAGUACCAGGGCGAGGAAGCCGCGCGCGGGGCGGUGGACAUUGUGGCCGUGAUUGACGUGAGCGGAUCCAUGUCCGGCUCCAAGCUGGACCUUGCCAAGGCCACGCUGGAGUUUCUCAUCAAGAACCUGUCGCAAACGGACCACAUGGGCCUCGUCGUGUACCACUCCGACGUGAGCGUUGCCUUCCCGCUCACACGCAUGGACGCUGAGGGCAAGCGCACGGCGACGGCCGCCCUGUCCACGCUGCGCGCGCAGCGCUGCACCAACCUCAGCGGCGGGCUCUUCAAGGGGAUUGAGAUGAUGCAGGGCCGCGAGCGGUCUGCAGCCAGCGUGUCCUCUGUGCUGCUCAUGACAGACGGCAUCGCCAACGAGGGCGUGCGCGGGCCCAACCUCAUCACCGCCACGCGCCAGCUCAUGGGCGACAACCCAAGCUACUCCCUCUACACCUUUGGCUACGGCAGCAACCACGAGGAGGAGCUGCUCAAGGACCUGUCCGAGGUGGGCAACGGCAUGUACUACUACAUUGAGAACAACGACACCAUCCCGGAGUCCUUUGGCGACUGCCUGGGCGGCCUGCUCUCCGUCGUCGGCCAGAACGUCAAGGUCACCAUCACCACGCAGAACGGCGCCAAGAUCACCACCCUGCACACGCAGCGCCAGCACACGGUGUCCUCGGAUCGCACGCGGGCGGAGAUCCAGCUGGGCGACAUCCAGGCCGAGGAGCAGCGGGACCUCCUGGUGGAGCUGGACAUCCCGCCACUCGAGUUGCCGCAGCCAGACAAGAACGACCGCACCACCACCACCACCACCACCACCGCCGCUGCUGUUCACAACAACGACGACGACGAGGAUGAGGACGACGAGGGCGAUGGCGAUGACGUCAAGCCAGCAUCAGAGAAAGACGCAGAGAAGGAGGAAGAGCAGCAGGAGGAGAAGGACACAGAGACAGCGGCCAAGUGUGAUGAUGAUGUGAAGAAGCCGCGCCCAGAGGAUGUGGGCGUGCCGCACGUGACGUAUGCUGCGGCCGUGCUGGAGUAUGUGAACGUAAUCAGCGCAGCGUUUGAGAAGGAGACGGCUUCGCUGACGCUGACGCGGCCGGCACAGGCGCCGCCCAAGGCUCAGCCCGACAAGAACGUGCGUCGGCAGGUGCGGCGCGUGGAGGCCGCCAACGCCAUGCGGGAAGCGCUGCAGGCAGCGCGUCGCGGCGACUUUGCGUCGGCACAGGCAAACCUGACCACGACCAGCGCAGCCAUGCGCACGGAGGCGGCCGCGGACGAUUACAUCCAGCAGCUGCUCACGGACAUGGACGAGUGCCAGGGCAACUUCAGCACGCCCGCGGCCUACAAUGGCGCUGGCAGGUACAAGGCCACGGCCAUGAUGCAGAUGCACUGCAACCAGCGCGCCUCGGCGCCUUCGACUUACACCACAGCGUCCCGUGGUGUCAUGCGCAAAAAGGCAAAGGACAGCUCCGUCUUCAGCUCCUUCUUCAAGAAGAAGUGAAUGUGUGCUCAAAUUGUGAUGUGUGUUGUUGAGGAGUGUUCUGUUGUAUGGUUGUGUGGGGUAGGGGUAAGCGCAGGCGCGGAGGGGGG